AUGAGGUUGCCAUCGUCAUAUCUGUCAGUAUCAUUUGUGCGGACCGCCACAUGGAAACAACAGCAGCAUCAUGCGUUAGCUUCAAGACUACAUCAUCUCGGAUCUCAGAGUGUUACUAGACAAAAUAGCACGUUAACACCAAGAGAGCAAUGGCCUGAGCUUUCCGACGCGGACUUUGUACAAAACACGCAAGGAGACAAUGUCAGUAAGCAGCCAGAUUAUGUCAAAUUGAUUCUUACUUCAAGGGUAUAUGAUGUUGUACCUGAGGCGGGUACUCCUUUGACACAUGCAAUUAACUUAUCGCAUCGAUGUGGCUCCAACAUAUAUCUCAAGAGGGAAGACUUGCUUCCUGUGUUUUCAUUCAAGUUGCGAGGUGCCUACAAUAUGAUUGCGCAUUUAAAUUCAAAUUCAAGAUAUCCUAUAUCAGGUGUCAUUGCUUGCUCAGCAGGUAAUCACGCCCAAGGUGUCGCGUAUUCGGCAAACAGACUAAACAUCCCAGCCACCAUAGUGAUGCCCACCCCCACACCUUCAAUCAAGUACUCAAAUGUCUCGCGUUUAGGAUCACAGGUUGUUCUUUACGGUGAUGAUUUUGAUUCUGCAAAGCAAGAGUGUGCAAGAUUAAGUAAAGAAAACAACUUGAUCAAUAUCCCACCAUUUAAUCAUCCAUAUGUCAUUGCAGGCCAAGGUACAGUAGCAUUGGAGAUUACACGUCAAUUGAGACUUGACAAAUUGAGUGCAAUUUUUGUUCCAGUUGGUGGUGGUGGUUUGAUUGCAGGUGUAGCUGCAUACAUGAAGAAUAUUGCACCACAUGUCAAGAUUAUUGGUGUUGAGACCUACGAUGCAGAUGCUUUGCAUGAAUCAUUGCUUAGAAAGGAUCUGGUGACUUUAAACAAAGUGGGACAGUUUGCAGAUGGAACAGCAGUCAAGGUUUUAGGAGACGAGACUUGGAGACUUUGUAAAGAUCUUGUUGAUGAAGUUGUGCUUGUGAAUACUGACGAAAUCUGUGCAGCAAUAAAGGACAUUUUUGAAGACACGAGAUCGAUAACUGAGCCAUCUGGUGCGUUAUCUGUUGCUGGAUUAAAGAAAUAUAUUGAGCAAAAUCCUGAUAUCGAUCACAGAAACAAGACGUAUGUCCCUGUGCUUUCAGGGGCAAAUAUGAACUUUGACCGUUUAAGAUUUGUUAGUGAAAGAGCCGUAUUGGGUGAAGGUAGAGAAGUAUCGCUUGCAGUGACCAUACCAGAACAGCCAGGUGAGUUUGCCAAAUUGCAAAAAAUCAUCCAUCCAAGAGCAAUCACCGAGUUCUCAUACAGGUGCAGUGAUAAACAAACAGCUAACAUCUUUGUUUCAUUCAACGUUGUUGACCGAAAUAGAGAAAAGCCCAAAAUCAUUGAUGCCAUGAGCAAUGCAGGAUUUGAAGUCGUGGAUAUGUCUGAGAAUGAACUUGCCAAAUCUCAUGGUAGGUACCUCGUUGGUGGUAAGUCACAUUCGCCAAGAACCGAUAAUGAAAGAGUAUUUCAGUUUGAGUUUCCCGAAAAGCCAAAUGCUUUAUUCAAUUUCUUGCAAGCUUUAAAGAGUGAUUGGGAUAUAAGCUUGUUUAACUAUAGAAAUCAUGGUCACGAUGUGGGUAAAGUUUUGUGUGGAUUUACUUUGCCCGAGGGUUCGGAGGAAGAGUUUCAAGAAUUUUUGAAAAGUGUCGGCUACACAUUCGUCGAAGAAACGGACAACGUGUUUUACAAAAAGUUUUUGAGAAACUAG